UCAGCGAUGGCGAACUUUGUUGAUAUGUUUCAUAAGGAGAAAACUUUCAGGCCCAGGAAGAAGUUUGAGCCUGGAACUUUAAAGUUUUCCCUACACAAACAAGCCCAAGCAUCAUUGAAGUCAGGGAUAGAUUUGAAAGAUGUAGUCAGACUUCCCCCUAGGGAAAGUUUAAAUGAUUGGGUGGCUGUUCAUGUGGUUGAUUUCUUCAAUCGUAUCAAUCUGAUCUAUGGGACUGUCACAGAUUAUUGCAGAGAAGAUACAUGUCCUACUAUGUCAGGUGGACCAAAAUUUGAAUACCUUUGGGCUGAUGGAAACAAGUACAAGAAACCAACUCCUCUUCCUGCUCCACAGUACAUUUCUCUUCUGAUGGACUGGGUGGAAGCCCAGAUAAAUAAUGAUGAGAUUUUUCCUGUAACAGUUGAUGUUCCAUUUCCUAAGAACUUCAUUUCCAUAUGUAAGAAGAUUCUCACAAGAUUGUUCAGGGAAGCCCAUGUGAACACAUGCUACAAACAUUUCUAUUAUUUUGUCUCUGAAUUUGGACUUGUGAGUGAACGAGAACUAGAACCACUUGCAGAAAUGACAGAAAGGAUUUGUAAGGAACAUCUUUACAACAGAUGAGGGUAUGAUGUGAGAACUGUGGACCUAUGUGAGCCCUCAUGACUUUAGUACUAUCAUAACUAUAUCAGGAUGUUGUCUAGGCUCGUACCUCAAGGGCAAAUGGUCUAACAUGAAAUAUUUCUAAGUCAUUAUCUAAAAAUGCUUCUUAGUACUUAAGAUAUUGAAUACUUAACUUUUUAAAUGUGUAUGUUUACUUCUAACACUGAUGCUGAAAUGCAGUACAAAUAACAGGUAGUUCUAGUCCUGUAUUUUUAGUCCUUUGGGACAUUAUUUUUCAUUGUGUUCAUGUUUGUGAUAAGUUGGUAUUUACAAACAACUCAGGGCUGGGUGGUGUUGUUUUAAUGAUUAUCACAUUUCUCUAUUUUUGUACUGAUAAUUCUUAAUGUGAUAUACAGGAGGUUAAUGUGUAGAGUUUUUUUCCCCUGUUUUAUUGAACUCUGGCAUUGAUUUUAAGGAAACUUUUAAAAUCAUUUGAACUAACUUUGGUCCAGGAUGUUUCUAAGUCUGUUUACAAUGGCGAAUAACCUGUGGAGUGUUUUAAUUAGAUGUUUAGAGAGAUGAGUUGGCAAGCAAUUAGUGUAGAAAUCAACUUCAACAAUAUUGAGUAACAAUAGAGAUGUGUUAAUUUAGUGGUAAAGGUAAACUGAAUCUCCUAAACUACAGAAAAUUGUAUAUAUAUAUCAAGGUUAAAAUGUUCUCCAACUUUACUGUUAGUCUGAUAGUUACUUACCAGUGAGUAAGGACAGAAACACGUGAAAAUCUACUGUGAAAUAUUGUAUUAGAAAGAAAACUGUUCAUAACUGUUAUGACUGAAAUUUAAAAUCUGUCUUACAGAUUUAGAAUUUUAGAAAAGUCUGUGGAUUGUUGUUGAGAUGCUGUGUUAUUUCGUACCAUAAUUGAUAUAUACAUAUGUCUAGUGUAAAAUUUAAUGCCACUGAAUGUUACACUUUUCUUCUUCUUAGAUGAUAUGAAUUUUUAUUAGAGUUGUUGGUAUAUGUUCUUCAUUGAACAAGCAUUUUCAAAUAGUAUUUUCAGUGUAGUUUGUUUUUACCAAAAAUGUGUCUUCUUGUAUUUUAGUCUUUUUAAACUUAUUUUCAAAGUCUCUCUUGUUUUGGAUGAACACUUUGAGACAAGAAAAUCCAUAGUUUUAUCAGUGACCAUCUUGAGUUAAUCUAGUCAUGUGCAUUAUUUGUACUUAAUCCACAAAGAAGGUAGAACAUAAAAUUCAAUACAUAAUUUUCCAUCAAAUAAGUUUGUUUUUUUUACCCAUAAUUUUCAAAAUAUAUGGCACUAAGUUUGAAAAGUUAACCAAGUUUUAAGUCCACCUCAUGUACAAUGAUCAAAGUUCAUGUUCUGUUAUUUUCACAAUUGAAAAUGUUAUGGUGUCAUACUCAUCUUCUGGUUAUGAGCCAGUUUUCUUAGGUUAGUGGCAAGAAAUUUAGAAUUCUAAUGUAAUAUUCUUCCCAGGAAUGGUGAAUGGUUUAAAACAAUUGGAAGUAAGCAAACAUUGCACUUGUUUAUACAGUGGUUGGUAAUACUACUUAUGUUGUACAUUUUAAUAUUACAGUGUUCUUUUAUUGAUCUGCAGAGCCUUCUAGUAGUUGAUCCAACAUAUUUCCAGUUGUACAUCGAGUAUGUGAACUGAAAUGCCACUAACAAGAUAUUUAAUGAAUAUUAUUUGUCUUUAACCCAUUGACUGCUGAUUCAUCAUAUAGGGGCUGAUCUGUCUUCGGUAGUUGAAUGCGAGUGUGAUGUAUAUGGUGUACAGUUUGCAAAAAUUCUACAUGUGUUUAGAGCAGCCACAAUCAAUGGGUUAAAGUUGAAAAGUUCUUCUAACCUAGCCUAUUUCAAAGACACAUUUGAACUGAACCUGAAGACAUAACUGUUAGGUAAUGUUCUUAGUUUUUUUUCAAAUCAUGUAUAAAAUAGUGCUUAAGUAGGGUAUAUCUAAAGUAGCAGUUUUCUUUGGAACACAUAACAAUAAAUGGAAUAUUGCAUUUUUCAGUAUGGGUGUGGAUUAUUCCAAUGGUUUCUAUCCACCAGUCCACAGGAAGUGUCCCCUGGUGGUACAGUGGUAAGUCUAUGGACUUACAUUUCUAAAAUUGAGGACUUGAUUCCCUGUGAAUAGCCCAAUGUGGUUUUUACUCUAAAACAAACAAACAAACCACAGGGAGAUUUCAGCUGGUUCACAAGAUGACUGAAUAAAUAUUUACUGAACUAUAAUGUUUUACAAUGUAGUUUAAAAGUAUUUCUGCUAAUCAUUUGUUUAAUGUUUUCAUGCUUCAAAAAAAGGUUUCAGUUUCUUGAUAUCGUAAAGCUCUGUUUAGUGGGAUUUUAACCAGAUAUUUUUAAGAACUGAAAGAGUGAAAUUUUUAAAUUGAAAUUAAGUCCAUUUUAUGUU